ACUUGAAGAAAACAGUUUUAUUUUGGAAAUUCCUACAGUUUUUAAAUUUAUAAAUUAUCAAAAGUAAAUUAACGCACAAAAAUAGAAGUUAUACAUAAAACAAACACUUUUUUAUUUCAAAAGUGACUUGUUGCUUACGUGUAAACUGUGCACAACAUUGGUGAAUAAUAUUUAUAACGAUACAAUCAUGAAUAAAAAAACUAGGACAGGACCUAGAAUUCGCCUCACAAGAGCUGCAAACCGAGACAUAAAGAUCGAGGAGCCCGCAGACGAAAGAAAUUACAUUUAUACCUGUCAGUAUUGUCGAGUGAAAUUCACACAAAACAGUCAAUUCUUUCGCCAUAUGAUUUCGAAUCAUCAGAGUCUGAGGCGUAAAGCGACGUUCGAGUGCAACGAUUGUCAGGUCGUUUUCAACAAGAAAAGUAAUCUGGACCAGCACUGCCAAACGAACCACCAGGCGAAGAGUAAGUCCAAAUGCGACUCGUGUUCUAUUACGUUCAAAUCGCGCUACUGCCUGCGACGACACCUCGAGCUGAAGAAGCUUCUGGCUGAGAACUCCUGCCGACAGUGUCAAAAGAAGUUCGCACUGAAAUAUCAGCUGGAGAAACAUGUACUCAACAAGCAUACUUCCAAAGCCAUGACCCACGAAUGCGAUCAUUGCUCCUUAAAGUUUAGGGCCAAAAGAUCCUUGCUGACUCAUCUGAAGCGUAUACACAAUAGGUUAUGAUGAAGCCGAGAAGAAUCUGCAUAACUUUUAGUAUAACAUUUUGGUUUUUCACAAAUCAAAUAUAUACUUACUUUGUUAAUUUAGUUUAUUAUUUAUGGGCUAAUUUAGGAUUUAGAGAGUCUAGACUAGAGGUCAAGUGUGAUAAUAACAAAUAUUUUGCUGAAUAGCAAUAAAUUGAAGGAGCAGCAAAAAUAAAAGUAAACAAAUAAAACUUAGUUGUGAUAGAGGCAUAAAUAUUUACUUUCCUACUUAACUAAAUUAAAGAACACAAUGUGUUGAAAAGAUCUUCUUGCUGGCAUUUUUUAUGAAAUUUUCUGUAUUACAUACCCUUUUUAUUGGUCAAACCAAUAAUAAAAUUACCGUACUUGAUGUAUUAUAGAUGUGUUUAUAUUUUAGAUUCUCAAUAUGUAAGUUUUGUUAUGAGGUAGUUUUACUGCUAGAUAACUUAUUUAAAUACUAAGACAUAAUUAACAAUAUUACCAGAUUUAAAUGCUACUAGGAUAUGAUUUUUUUUGGAGUUGCGUAAUGAAUUUAAUUUCCCAAAAUGUUUGUUAUUUUUUCUAACGUAAUUCCAACCACUAACCACUCCAUUCUAAAGGAUUGUAUUUUAACAUAAAUUCUAAUCUGAUAAUAUCAGAUUACAUUUAUGCUUCGUGGGAAUGCCAGACACAAUAUAUGUAUAUUCAAUUGUUAUGCGGCCGCUUGGGGCUUGAUGGGUUAAAUUCAUCAAGAUAGAACUCUAGAAUUUAGAAUAUCUGGUAGAAAACGUAAUGUUUAAUUCUGAUGAUUUCAGCAGAGGCAUUAUUUUAACAGGGUGGACAAAUAUUACAUUAUUUAUAUGUCCUAAGAUAAAUUUGGUCCAAAUUCACCAAUGUCAGUUAGUGUUCUCAUAAUACUGUCUUCUGCCUACUCUUUCUUUAAUACAAAUAAUUUAUGAGAAAAUGUCAUGAUAUUAAGUCAGCAAUAAACUUAAACAGGCAUUGGUGAAAUUGGCGCCUUAAGUUUUUUCAGAGGCGUAGCUACUGCCGUACCAAUUAUACAGAUUACAGGGACCCAACAUGCAUAUUAUUACCCUUUCUGAGGGUCACCAAACAAAUUUUUAAAAUGGGCCUUAUCUAGCCACGCUAUGCUUCUGGGUUUGUCAAAGUACAAGGCAGUAUACAGUAUAUUAUUACAUGUUCAAUAAGGUCCAAUACAAGACAACAAUAAUACUUUUAAAGUGUAUCAUAAAUCAUAAUGCAUACAUAGGCAUUGCUUACAGCCCCAAUUAUGUUACUGGUAAAAAUGUUUGUAGACAUUUGAUGUAGUUAUUCCAGCGUGGUUGUGUUAUCACCUAACAGUCUACAGAUAUUUAGUCAGGGUUGCCUUUGUUACCAUUUAUUUGAAGUAUUAUAACAAUAGGGUAUGUGGAUUGGAUUAUGAAGUGUAUUAUUUUGUAUGUUUAACAUUUUAAGUAUUCAUCACUAAUUCUUGUAUAGCAGCUGAAAUCCUGCAAAUGGAUGUGAUAAUUAGGAGAGGUAUGAAGCAAUAAAAAUGAGAAUGAAAUCAUACUAUAAACUAUUGUAAUAUUAUAUACUCAGUAGGGACAUAUACUAAAAUUGUAAUAAGUAUAUUAAACUCCCUUUCAAUGAAUAUUGUUUUAAAAGUAAGCAAUAAUACCAAGUAAGUACUUCAAAGUUAUAAAAGUCCUAUGAAAAGAUUGCACAUUUAAAAGAAACAAUUACUUUGGUGGUUUUAAAUUAUUAGUAAGAUUUAGAUCAAAUAAAUUGAAAUGAAGUAUAAUUCCCAUAAAGUAUAAAUAUGAUCCUCACAUUUUAUUGUAGAAAAUGCUUCACUAUAGUAAAUUAUUUUCGUAAGUAUAAAUAAACUUAAAAUACUGUAUAAAA